AUGCGAGUUGAGAAACUUGCAGAAGGAGCUUCCAACAAAGUUUUCCUCGCUGUUCUUGGUGACCAGCGGCUAAUAGUCAAGAUUCCUGACCCGGUCGUCCCGCCACGUCUGGUCAAGCAAGUGAAGUGGCAACGCUUUAUUUCCUGCGGUCCGAGUUGGAAUUACCAGUACCGAAGGUGGUUUCCUGGAGCGACAGCCGUGACAAUCCAGUUGGAUGCGAAUAUAUCAUUCUAG